CCCUCUAGGCUUUUCUAGCUUACAAUUAAACACCACCGAUUUCCAAGAUAACCCAGAACCCUUUCCCAUCCCAGUUUCUCUAAUCUUUUCUGUUCUCAAUCCCAAAUUGAGUCUGGACCCGAUCAAUUUCAGUUCUUCCGUACUGAUCGAUCUCAAUUCUGGUGAUAUUCAUUCCUUUAACUCUUUUCAUCUUUUGUAAGAAGCGUUCAUUUCUCUCUUGCCCAAACUCAGUAAACAACAAUGGAAGUUGACAGAUUAGAUUGUCGUACACCAAACCGGUUGAGACCACUGUCCUGUACUCGCAAUGUUCUCAAUCGAGCUCAUGGCUCUGCCAGUUGGUGUCAAGGGGAUACCAAAGUUCUUGCUGCAGUUUAUGGACCCAAAGCAGGAAUAAAGAAGAAUGAAAACCCUGAAAAGGCUUGCAUUGAGGUUAUUUGGAAGCCUAAAACAGGCCAGAGUGGAAAAGCUGAAAGGGAGUAUGAGAUGAUUUUGAAAAGGACCUUGCAAAGCAUCUGUAUUCUGACUCUCAAUCCAAAUACUACAACCUCAGUUAUUAUUCAGGUUGUCAAUGAUGAUGGUGCUCUUUUGCCAUGUGCCAUAAAUGCAGCAUGUGCUGCCCUUGUUGAUGCUGGGGUUCCUCUAAAGUAUCUUGCUGUUGCAAUAUGUUGUUGCUUGGCUGAGAGUGGAUAUGUCAUUUUGGACCCCAGCAAUCUAGAAGAGCAGAAAAUGAAGGCCUCUGUUUAUUUGGUCUUCCCAAACUCAGUUCUUUCAAACCUUCCAGAAGAACAGUUAAAGGUGCAAGGGGAACCAAUGGAACAUGGUAUCAUAACCUCUGUAACCCAGGGUGCUAUGCAAGUUGACGACUAACUCCACUGUUUGGAACAAGGGCGCGCAGCUACUGCAAAGAUGUCUGCUUUUCUCAGAAAGAACCUGCAGCCAAAGCUCCCAACUGAUUGAUCUGAGGCUGGUGGAGUUCCUAUAGCUAGGUUUACAAAUGUACUUUAAUGAUAAUGAACAUUAUAAGAUGUACCUGAAAACUCCAAUUCAAUGUAGUACUAUAUAAUAUGUAUUGUUAGCUCUGAUUGUAGCUAAAAUCAUGUAUCCAUGUUUCUCCUUUUGGAACGAAAGGCUAUUGAGAAGCGGCG